AUGAACUCUCGAGCCGUGCAUCUCGAGGUUGCUAGGUCCUUCGAAACAGAUGACUUCAUUUUGCUGCUGAUGAGAUUACUAAACCGAAGAAGGGGACAUGUGAAGGAGCUUCGCUCCGAUAAUGGAUCGAACUUUGUUGGGGCUGACCGGGAGAUUAAAGAGGCUAUUGAUAAAAUCGACAAUGAGAAAGUGGGUAGAGAGUUGUCACAGAGUGGCUGUAAGUGGGUGUUUCACCCUGCAGUGGCAUCACACAUGUCAGGAGUUUGGGAAAUACUUGUGAAAACUGUAAAGAGGAGCCUGAAGGCUAUCCUUGGAAAAUACCUUAUCAACGAAGAAGUACUCCAAACAGUGUUUACGGAAGAUGAACGAAUUACUAACUCCAGACCAUUGACAAGAAAUUCAUCAAACUUGAAUGACGACGAACCUCUCACACCCAGCCAUUUCUUAAACAUCCGUCCCACAGUGAAUCUACCCCCAGAAAUGGUUGAUGACAGUGACAAGUUUAGUGAAAGCGAUUGCGCCAGGCACAGCUACUGGCUAACCAUUAUUGGAAGCGUUGGCUCAGGGAGUACAUCCCCUCACUACAAGAACGUCAGAAGUGGCACAAAGCCCGAAGGAACUUGA